GGGCAGUGUCAAUUGGUGUCAAAAACUGGGAGAACUAGAAAACAGGAACUACCACGAAACAGGAGUACAGGAAAAAACGCUGGUAGCUUGACGAGAUAAGACGAACUGGCAACAGACAAACAGAAAACACAGGUAUAAAUGUACAGGGGAUAAUGGGGGGAAAUGGGUGACACCUGGAGGGGGGUGGAGACAAGCACAAUAAUUUGAAACAGAUCAAGAUUUCAAGACUAAAGGCUGGUUUAUACUACGGGUGUGUUCGUAAAUAGUGGUGUUGAUCCGAGCGUUCUGACCUAAUCUGACCCAAGCUUGCUAGCUACUUUCAGACAAAAAAUUAGAUUACAGCUCACUCUGACCAUUUUAGUCGCCCUAGUGGAGCUGGUUAGGCUGUUUUUAUAUUAUGAAGAGCAUUGGUGACUGCAACUCUGCUGCUGGCAACAAAUUAAUAAAAGAAUUUUGCCAAAGUUUACUGACACUAGUCAGUUAUUCUGCUGACACACCAGUCAGUUAUUCUCAGAUGAGAGUGCUCUGAAAUCGGAGUAGAUAGCCAGAGCGAAUUUAUCAGCUACGUCUAUUUACAGUUGUCACAGUGACAUCCUAAACAUUCGAUUGAAAUAGUUACUUGCAUAGUGAAGUCUUUUGUUUAGACAUGUAGCUCGCUAGCUAAACAAUUAGCCAUAAUCCCAACUCAUAAAGUUACUGUAAACUAACGCACUUCUGUACAUUGUGCUGUAACGUACAAUUGACCUUAUUUUAGCACCCCAAAAACAUAAUACUUCCAGGUCGACUGUAAUUUGAAUACCAUUGUAAUUCACAAUUUCUCCCCUUUCCAGCAAUAUCAAUGACGAGACGUUCAUGCUGCCCGUUUCUGCAUGAUUGAAGAAUGCAAUGAGCUCCAUCGGGUCUUGUUUAAAAUGAUGGAUGGGGAAGCAAAACCUACUGCGUGAUAGGGAAAGGGGGAGACAAGCCGAAAUGGCUUUUUUCACCCGAUUUGUCCAAGUUAUCACCUCUAAAAUGUAAAUAAAACACUAUAAAAGUUUAGAUAGUGUGUCAUUACAUACCUAUCAUUAGGCUAUAAUUCUCAAUGCAAAUGGCUCUGAGAUACAAAUAAAAUUACUACACAGAUCAUACACGUAGCGUUAGCUAGCCAGCCAGCUAACGUUGGCUAGCUAGACUCUCUUAUCCUUAUACAUGGAUGAACGCUUCUACCUCUCUGUCACGGAUGCCCUUAGUUUGAAGAUGUAAUCCGAAGCCUUCUGUGUUCUCUUUUCAAAUGUUCUCCAUCACCUUAGCUAUCAUAGUUUAACCUCUAACGCCUGAGAAACCCGAGAAAAGCUGACUCGCAUAGCCUAGCCUAAUGCCACAGGGAUAUCAUAUAAUAAAAUGUUCAUGAAAUCACAAGUCCAAGACACAAAAUGAAAGAUACCGAUCUUGUGAAUAAAGCCAUCAUUUCUGAUUUUUAAAAUGUUUUACAUAGAAGACAAAAUAUGUAAAUCUAUUAGCUAACCACGUUAGCAAAAGACACCACUCCCAUACUCCACCAUUUUUUUACUCCAUCAGUAGCUAUCACAAAUUCAACCAAAUAAAGAUAUAAAUAGCCACUAACCAAGAAACAACCUCAUCAGAUGACAGUCUGAUAACAUAUUUAUUGUAUAGCAUAGGUUUUGUUAGAAAAAUGUCCAUAUUUCAGGUAUAAAUCAUAGUUUACAAUUGCAGCCCCCAUCACAACUCUCACUAAAAUAACUACAGAGACCAUCGUGUAUUAGCUAAUUACUCAUCAUAAAACAUUUCUUAAAAAUACACAGCGUGCAGCAGAUGAAAGACACAGAUCUUGUGAAUCAAGACAAUAUUUCAGAUUUUCUAAGUGUUUUACAGCGAAAACACAAUAUAUCGUUAUAUUAACUUACCACAAUAGCAAACCAGACAACAGCAUUGAUUCCAGCCAAACAUAGCGAUAACGUAUUCACCACCAAACGCUAUUAAUUUUUUCACUAACCUUCUCAGAAUUCUUCAGAUGACAGUCCUGUAACAUCAUAUUACACAAUCCAUAUAGGUUUUGUUCGAAAAUGUGCAUAUUUAGCAGCACAAAUCGUGGUUAUACAAUGUGAUCAGUAGCAACAUGUCAUGCAUUCUGGCCGGCGCCAUCUUGGAAAGGCACCUAAUCUAAUCCAUAAAUAAUCGUAAACUUGACAAAAAAUACAGGUUGGACAUCAAAUGAAAGAUGCAUUAGUUAUUAAUGCAACCGCUGAGUUCGAUUUUUAAAAUUAACGUUACUAGACAUACAGUGUGCGUUACAGCCAGACUAGUGCCGCAAUAAUGGCGGACAAAUCCGUUUACAUUUUUCCACAUAAAUACGGAAUAACAUCAUAAAUAGCUCUUACUUUUGGACGAGCUUCCAUCAGAAUCUUGGCCAAGUGGUCCUUUGUCCAAAAGAUUCGUUGCUUGGUUGUAAAACGUCGUCUUCAACUUCAGAAUUAGCAGCUAACAAUAGCUAUGUGGUCACAACAUGCCCAAAUCCUCAAAACGCAAUACUAAGGAAAUUCCGAAAAUACCAAUAUACUCGCAUAAACUGAUAUAACUCGGUUUAAAAUAACUUCGUUAUGACGUUUCUAACACCUAUAUCGAAUUAAAUUACAGACAGAUAUAUCUAAGGUCGAUAACUGAGCGUUUCAAAAUGCCAUCCUGAGGUCUUGCUUUGCGUAAUGGCGAACGUCGAAAAGAGAGCUCCCCUCGUUCCUUGGCCUUUUACAAACUCUGAGAACUACUUAGAAAGUCCAUUCCACUUCUCAUUGGUUACUGACAUCCAGGGGAAGGCGGGUGCAGUUCAUGUUGACCCAUAGGAUACAUACAGAGCUUUAAACUGAUCUGAGAACAGAGCCUCGGUAUCAGACCUUCGCAGUUCCUGUCAUGGAUUUCGCUGCAGAAAGAGUUCUGUUUCACCCACAGACAUAAUUCAAAAGGUUUUAGAAACUAGAGAGUGUUUUCUAUCCAAUAGUAAUAAUAAUAUGCAUAUUGUACGAGCAAGAAUUGAGUACGAGGCCGUUUAAAUUGGGCACGAUUUUGUGCUAUGUCGAAAAUGGCACCCCCCUAGUGGCAAGAAGUUAAUUCCACUGAUUUCAAAACUCGUCUUCUAGAAAGUGGAGAAAACAUUUAUGCAGUUCUACUACAUGAUAUCUUUAACCUUUUCACACGUACCAACACACGGGUGUGAUCAUUCUACAGUGGUCCCUGUAGCGUACGAUCAAACUGGUGUGAUUAGAACACUUAUUUAGAACGCUUAUUUAGAACGGCCAGUUUCAAAUGACGCAACAGAGCUGGCCACACUUUUUUCAGAAACUAUUUACACAAACACAGUCCUUACUAAGUUAUGUCCAUAGCAAAGUUUUGUCCAGAAUGUGAGCAGUUUAUUUUUGAAUGCAAUUUUCAGACAUUCACAAAAGUAUCUACAGCCUAACGCAAUCAUCCAAAGUGGAAAAAUGUAGGCUACCAAUGUCCUAGCGCUAACUGAGGAAAGCUUGACUUAACCUCUACCGAGCACCUACCCCGGGUCCGGGAGCACCCCCCACCCCCCCCACACUGAUUAGCAUCGCUAGCAUAGCGUCACAAUUAAAUAGUAGCAUCUAAAUAUCAUUAAAUCACAAGUCCAAGACACCUAAUGAAAUAUACAGAUCCUGUGAAUAAAGCCACCAUUUCAGAUUUUUAUAAUGUUUUACAGGGAAGACACAAUAUGUAAAUCUAUUAGCUAAACACGUUAGCAAAAGACACAAUUUUUUUACUCCAACAGUUUUUUCCUGCGUCAGUAGCUAUCACUAAUUCGACUAAAUAAAAAUAUAUAUAGCCACUAACCAAGAAACAACUUCAUAAGAUGACAGUCUGAUAACAUAUUUAUUGUAUAGCAUAUGUUUUGUUUGAAAAAUGUGCAUAUUUCAGGUAUAAAUCAUAGUUUACCAUUGCCGCCACCAUCACAACUCCCACCAAAGCGACUAGAAUAACUACAGAGAGCAACGUGAAUUACCUAAAUACUCAUCAUAAAACAUUUCUGAAAAAUACACAGCGUACAGCAAAUGAAAGACAAACAUCUAGUGAAUCCAGCCAAUAUUUCAGAUUUUUUAAGUGUUUUACAGCGAAAACACAAUAUAGCAUUAUAUUAGCUUACUACAAUAGCAAACCACACAACAACAUUGAUUCAAGCCAAAAAUAGCGAUAACGUAUAACCCAGCAAAAGAUAUUAAUUUUUUCACUGACCUGUUCAGAAUUCUUCAGAUGACAGUCUUAUAACAUCAUAUUACACAAUACAUAUAGAGUUUGUUCGAAAAUGUGCAUAUUUAGCGGCACAAAUCGUGGUUAUACAAUGAGAAAAGUAGCCAAGCUGCCAACAAAAUGUCGGGAGAAAUCUUGGGAGAGGCACCUAUUCUAAUCGAUAACUAAUCAUAAACUUGACAAAAAAACACAGGUUGGACAGCAAAUGAAAGAUACAUUAGUUCUUAAUGCAAUCACUGUGUUACAUUUUUUAAAUUAACGUUACUACGACAUACAGUGUGCGUUAAAGCGAGACCGCACGGAAAUUAAUGGCGGAUUAUGCAUUUUACAUUUUUCAACAGAACAACGAAUUAAACAGUAUAAAUAGUUCUUACUUUUUGAUGUGCUUCCAUCAGAAUCUUGGGCAAGAUGUCCUUUGUCCAAAAGAAUCGUUGCUCGGUUGUAGAAUGUAGUCUUCAACGUUGCAAUUAGCAGUAGACAUUAGCCAUGUGGGCAGGACAUCCCCAACUCCCUAGAACGCGACACUAAUAAAUAUCCAAAAAUUGCAAUAUACUGACAUAAACUGAUAUAACUCGGUUUAAAAUAACAACAUUAUGAUGUCUUUAACAGCUAUAUCGAAUAAAAACAGAGCCGGAUAUAUCUAAGAGCUAUAACCGGAGCUUUCUAGUACGACAUGCCAAGGUCCUUCCUGCGUCAGAGCGAAGUGAACAAAGACCGGACCCUUCGUUCCCAAGCCAUUUAUAACCUCUCAGAUCUGCCUAGAGACUCCAUUUCAAAUCUCACUAUUCGCUGACAUCCAGGGGAAGGCGUAUGCAGUGCAUCUCAACCAAUAGAAGACAGGCAAAUUAAUAAACUGACCUGGGAACAGCUUACAGAAUUCAGCAUUCUCACAUCCACAAAGGAAAAAGGCUCCAACUCGAGUUCUGUUUUACUCACAGAAAUAAUUCAAACGGUUUUAGAAACUAGAGAGUGUUUUCUAUCCAAUAGUAAUAAUAAUAUGCAUAUUGUACGAGCAAGAAUUGAGUACGAGGCAGUUUAAUUUGGGAACAAAUUUUUUGUCGAAAUGGCGCCCCCCUAUUGACAAGAAGUUUUAAUGCAACCGCUGUGUCAGAUUUAAAAAACGCCACACUUUGCAAUUAUGUUAGGUCUGCACCUAGCCACAGAAACCCAUACAGUCAUUUUCCAGCCAACUAGAGUGUCACAAAAGUCAGAAAUAGCAUUAAAAAUAAUCACUUACCUUUGAUGAUCUUCAUCUGGUGGUACUCCCAGGUCUCCAUGUUAGACAAUAAAUGUUUGUUUUGUCCAAUAAUGUCCCUCUUUAUGUCCAAAUACCUCCUUUUUGUUUGCGCGUUUUGUCCAGUAAUCCAGUAAUAAAAGGCGUGUGCACUAAUUCCAGACGAAAAGUUUUUAAAAAGUACAAUAAAAGUUAGUAGAAACAUGCCAAAUGAUGUUUAAAAUCAAUCCUCCGGUUGUUUUAUGUCAUAAAAAAUCAAUACUAUUUCAACCGGACAAAAGCUUCGUCAAUAGGAAAAGAGAAACAAGAAAGGCGCGUUCCUGAUCAGGGCGCAAGGCUGAUGAAUGGAAAUGUUCACUCGCCACUGAUUGAAAGUACUGUAUCUCCCUCAUUUUUCAUAGUAAAUGCCUGAAACAAUGCUUAAAGACUGGCCACAUGUAGAGGAAGACACAGAGCUCAUUAACUGGGUCCUAAGUCUUUGUAUGGUGGAUAGGCUUUCAAUGGAAAAACAGCCUUUCAAAAUAAUAGUACUUCCUGUUUGGAUUUUCCUCGGGUUUUCGCCUGCUAUAUCAGUUCUGUUAUACUCACAGACAUUAUUUUAACAGUUUUGGAAACUUUAGAGUGUUUCCUAUCCAAAUCUAUAUGCCUAUCCUAUCUUCUGGGUCUGAGUAGCAGGCAGUUUAAUUUGGGCACGCUUUUCAUGUAAAAUUCCGAAUGCUGCCCACUACCCUAGUGAAGUUGUCAAUUUUAUUUGUAUUGAUAGUAACAAACGUGUAUGCUACGUCACAUGAAAGUUCACAUGUUCCAGAAGGCAUACCACAUACUGUAUAGUGCACCUUCUAUACAGGAUAUCUUUGGCCAAGACACUGUCAGACUGGCCACGACACUGUCAGACUGGUUAAGACACUGUCAGACUGGCCACAACACUGUCAGACUGGCCAGUACACUGUCAGACUGACCAGUACACUGUCAGACUGACCAGUACACUGUCAGACUGGUCAAGACACUGUCAAACUGGUCAAGACACUGUCAGACUGGCCAAGAUACUGUCAGACUGGUUAAGACACUGUCAGACUGGUCAAGACACUUUCAGACUGGCCAGUACACUGUCAGACUGGUCAAGACACUGUCAGACUGGCCAAGACACUGACAGACUGGUCAAGACACUGUCAGACUGGUCAAGACACUGUCAGACUGGCCAAGACACUGACAGACUGGCCAAGACACUGACAGACUGGUUAAGACACUGUCAGACUGGUCAAGACACUGUCAGACUUGUCAAGACACUGUCAGCCUGGCCAAGACUUUGUCAUACGUUGUGUGCUAAGAGGUGAUGAACUUUGCCUUGUGGAGACAUGACUUACAGCUUGUGAUGUAUUAAUCACAGUAAUAUGCUCACGUUCACUUAUAAAAAGCACCUCCAGAUAUGAAAUUCAAUGUUCCCAUCGAACUGAUAUCAGUCAUAUUGCCAAUGUUAAAAUUAAGCCCAUGUAUUCCCUCCCUUAGAGACCAAGGCAUAGCUGUAAACGUUCUGAAUGGCUGGCUGCAGACAAUAUAAAAGCUCUUGUUGUCUGUAAAAAGGCCUGUGUGAGAUCUUGGAGCCUUGACUGUGAUUCAGACUGCAGGAUGCCCACUCUUUGGGGCCGCAACGCACCAUAUGCGUCAGCGAUAAUGUUUGUGCUCGUAUAAUGUUCUGCGUUUUCCCUGAAACCACAUUAGAACAAAUUACUCUUUAGAUGAAGAUGCACCACCUGCUGUGCGACGCCCUCCCUGCCCUCACGCGCCGUGAUGUUUUUGUUCUUGUACAUAAUCAGAUGUUUUCGUUAGUCCGCUUGACAUGUUCUCAAAUGCUUACAUGGUUUACCAACCUAGCUCAGGACACAACAAUCAUGACUCUCUUUUUUCGUCUCUCUUUCCUGGUAAACCACAUGUUCUACUUUUAAAAUUCUGCAGUUGGUGUCAGCGUCUUGCAUUCUAGAGUGCACAGCUAAACAAGCCUCAGAACACAAUGACGUACAUACCGCCAUAUAGAUUUAUAUUGAAAUCCACCAUCAACAUGAAUAGAUGAGUGGAACCAACAACUGUUAUCCUCAAUCCUUCAACCACCAUUAAGACACGUGUCCCUUGCAGCUCUCGCUCUCUGUCUCUUGGCUGUCGCCGGGCAGGCCUCAUCAGUGGCUCUGGAUCCAGCAGGUGUUUUGAUUUAUUGACGUGAGUGGAAAACUAUGAAGCUCACUUUGUGACAGCUCUGAGUUUUAGAAUAAAAAUAUAAGUGGCCUGAUGAAUGAGUGCAGCUUGAGCUCACCCAGUGGCAUUGUAUGUCACUGUCCAGAGUGAUGAGAGACUAGCCCGGCCUAACUACCGGCUGCCUGACUCAGCCUGCCUGCCACCACAGACUGCUAUUGGGAGGAACAUGGCUUCGCCUUUCUGCAACCACAGACUGCUAUUGGGAGGAACAUGGCUUCACCUUUCUGCAACCACAGACUGCUAUUGGGAGGAACAUGGCUUCGCCUUUCUGCAACCACAGACUACUAUUGGGAGGAACAUGGCUUCACCUUUCUGCAACCACAGACUGCUAUUGGGAGGAACAUGGCUUCGCCUUUCUGCAACCACAGACUACUAUUGGGAGGAACAUGGCUUCGCCUUUCUGCAACCACAGACUGCUAUUGGGAGGAACAUGGCUUCACCUUUCUGCAACCACAGACUGCUAUUGGGAGGAACAUGGCUUCACCUUUCUGCAACCACAGACUACUAUUGGGAGGAACAUGGCUUCACCUUUCUGCAACCACAGACUGCUAUUGGGAGGAACAUGGCUUCGCCUUUCUGCAACCACAGACUGCUAUUGGGAGGAACAUGGCUUCACCUUUCUGCAACCACAGACUGCUAUUGGGAGGAACAUGGCUUCGCCUUUCUGCAACCACAGACUGCUAUUGGGAGGAACAUGGCUUCACCUUUCUGCAACCACAGACUGCUAUUGGGAGGAACAUGGCUUCACCUUUCUGCAACCACAGACUGCUACUGGGAGGAACAUGGCUUCACCUUUCUGCAACCACAGACUGCUAUUGGGAGGAACAUGGCUUCACCUUUCUGCAACCACAGACUGCUAUUGGGAGGAACAUGGCUUCACCUUUCUGCAACCACAGACUGCUAUUGGGAGGAACAUGGCUUCGCCUUUCUGCAACCACAGACUGCUACUGGGAGGAACAUGGCUUCACCUUUCUGCAACCACAGACUGCUAUUGGGAGGAACAUGGCUUCGCCUUUCUGCAACCACAGACUACUAUUGGGAGGAACAUGGCUUCGCCUUUCUGCAACCACAGACUACUAUUGGGAGGAACAUGGCUUCACCUUUCUGCAACCACAGACUGCUACUGGGAGGAACAUGGCUUCACCUUUCUGCAACCACAGACUGCUACUGGGAGGAACAUGGCUUCACCUUUCUGCAACCACAGACUGCUAUUGGGAGGAACAUGGCUUCGCCUUUCUGCAACCACAGACUGCUACUGGGAGGAACAUGGCUUCACCUUUCUGCAACCACAGACUGCUAUUGGGAGGAACAUGGCUCCGCCUGCCUGCCACAUGCAGGAUCCUAUGAAGUGGAACAUGGCUUGGAACUGCUAUUUAUUUACUCAUGGUUUAACUAUAGGAUCAGAUCUGGUACCAAGCCAGUGAUAAAUAACAGGAUGAUUAUGAUGAUGACAGUUUAAUUGUGUGUGCACAACAACUCUUGAAAAAUAGAUUUUUAUCUCAAUGAGAAAAACCUGUAUAAACAAAGGUUUAAUAAAAAAAUAUCAAAUAUUUCGCAAAUAUGGCAAGGUGCAUCUGGUGUUUGAUGAUUGUUGGCCUCAGAGUUGAAUGUCAGAACAUUAUCAUGGAGUUUGACUGGGGCCACCGACUCUGACUGUUGGACUAAAAUAGCAAUACAGACAGCCAGCAGAAAGCAACAUCAGUACCAUCAAUCAGUGAACUGGAACAAAAUGCACCCUGUCAUUAUGCACCCAGGAAGUGGGAAAUGUAAUUAGAACAAUGAAAUUAGGCCAUGGGCACUACUACACCUGCUCGUCAACAGGGCAAUAUAUUUAUUUUUGGACACGUAUAUCCAUAAUUUACAGUAUUGUCAUGACUGUCCUGUGAGGAUCAGAAUGGGAAGAUCAAACUGAUGGGGGGUGGGGGGGUGACAGUAACCAAGCCUCUCUCUCUAACACAGAGAGGACAGGGGGAGCUGCUGGAUGGUCACCCUUCACACCCUGCUGUAAAUCUCUAGAGGGGGAACCUUUCUCUCUCUCUUCAGUAUUGGGAUCAGAAUGUCUUUGUCUAGAGAGAGACUUUUGCCAGCCAAAACCUCUAACGUCCAAAAAGUGAACUUUAGAUCAAAUAUGUCUAACAUCCGAAUGUGGGAAAUGGUCAAUGGGUAGACGUGGAAAAUUAGUGUCUAUUUUGUGAUGUCAUUAAAAAUUUUAUAAAAUUGUAUAACAAAAAUACUGUAAUUUGGAAAGUGUACACACUGUAUAUGUCAAGUUUACAUCCAAUAUGUGGUUUAGAGAAUAUGACAAAUUAUGAAAGUAAUUUUCUUAAAAUAGGAAUGUGAUUUUAGUUUUCUAAUAAGAUAAUUGUUUUGAGUAUACUUUGCACACUAAGUAGCCACACCCCGAGUGAGGUCAGAGAGCUUGUCAGUGUGAUGGAACCUCUUUUAGAUCAGAGAGCUUAACCUCUCUUGGGCACGUGAGACGGUAGCGUCCCACCUCUUCAACAGCCAGUGAAACUGGUGGGCGCCAAAUUCACAUACAGAAAUACUCAUUAUAAAAAUUCAGAAAACUAAACAUAUUUUACAUAGGUUUAAAGAUGAACUGCUUGUGAAUCCAACCACGGUGUCAGAUUUUUUAAAUGCUUUACGGCGAAAGCAUACAUUACGAUUAUGAGAACAUAGCCCACUAAACAAAUCAUUACAAACAGUAGCCAGUCAGCUAGAACAAUUACACAAUUUAGAAAUAGAGAUAACAUUUAUCCCUUACCUUUGAUGAUCUACAUAUGUUUGCAAUCAGCAGACAUUCAUUUACUCAAUAAAUGUUAUUUUUGUUCGAUAAAGUAUCUUUAUACCCAAAAACCUCCGUUUUGUUCGCGCGUUUUCUUCAGUAAUCCACAGGCUAAAACGCAGUAAAAACAGGAAGACAAAAAAAUCCAAAUUGUAUCCAUGAAGUUCAUAGAAACAUGACAAACGAUGUUUAUAUUCAAACCUCAGGUUGUUUUUAGCCUAAAUAAUCAAUAAUAUUUCAACCGGACAAGAACGUCAUCAAUAUAAAAUGUAAACAAGAAACGCACUCUCUCGGUCUUGCACAGGAAAAAGCUCUGUGACACGGCAUGGUCCACUCAUUCAGACUGCUCUUACUUCCUCAUUUUUUAGAAUAUAAGCCUGAAACAUUUUCUGAAGACUGUUGACAUCUAGUGGAAGGCAUAGAAACUGCAUUUUGAGUCCUAAGUCAAAGGAUACUGUAUUGGCAUUGAAUAGAAAAAAUAAAAAAAUUAUAAAAAAAAUCCUUCCUGAAUCGAUUUUUCUCAGGUUUCUGCCUGCCAAAUCAAUUCUGUUAUACUCACAGACACUAUUAUAACAGUUUUGGAAACUUUAGAGUGUUUUCUAUCCAAAUCUACCAGUUAUAUGCAUAUCAUAUAUUCUGGGCCCGAGAUGCAGGCAGUUUAAUUUGGGCAUGCAUUUCAUCCAAAAUUCCGAAUGCUGCCCCCUACCCUAGAGAAGUUAAAAGAACUGGGUAAGAAUGAACAUAUCAGACCAGGAAACGUGGAGCGAUAGCUACAUGUGGGAAAUGGUUGAAACAACACGAGAGGAAGAAGAUUUGGUUUCAACGGAGGUAGAUGACGAACGACGGCAUUCAAACACGUAAAUACAUUCAUUGCUUCUUAUUCCAAAACGGUGGCGGUUCGUUUGCAAGGUAUAUGAUUAAUGUGAAGACAGGCCUAGAUUGUAUCCAUGAUAAAUGUCCCUUUUUCUCUAUCGCUCGCUGCCAGUUAGUUUUGUUUCGUCAAACCUACCAGCGUUUUUCCCUCUGUUCCUGUCUCUUGAUUGUUCCUGUUUUCCAAUUUUCCCAGUUUUGACCUUUUCUGCCUGCUCUGACCCUGAGCCUGCUUUCCGUCCUGUACCUUUGCCCCACCUAUCUGGAUUACUGACCCCUGCAUGCCCUUGACCUGUCUUUUGCCUGCCCCUGUUGGGUUAACUUCUUAUGGCUGCAGCCCGAGGCCGCCCACAAUAUGACAACAGUCAGCUCAAGUGCAGGGCGCGAAUUUCUAAAUAUAUAUAUUUUUUAAUAUUUAACUUUCACACAUUAACCUGUUUGGCGUGCAAGCCCGACGUCGGUACAUUUAUGACAACAGCCACUUGAAGUGCAGGGCGCGAAAUUCAAAAUAUAUUUUUUUAAUAUUUAACUUUCACACAUUAAAAAUCGGACAUGUUGGCUGGAUUCACGAGAUGUGUACCUUUCAUAUGCUAUCUUGGACUUGUUAAAAUGUUUUACAGGGAAGACAAAAUAUGUAAAUCUAUUAGCUAACCACGUCAGCAAAAGACUCCACUUUUAUUACUCCAUCAGUUUUUGACUCCAUCAGUAGCUAUCACAAAUUCGGCCAAAUAAAGAUAUAAAUAGCCACUAACCAAGAAACAACCUCAUCAGAUGACAGUCUGAUAACAUAUUUAUUGUAUAGCAUAUGUUUUUUUCAAAAAAUGUGCAUAUUUCAGGUAUAAAUCAUAGUUUACAUUGCAGCUACAUUUAAAAAUUGCACCGAAAGCAGCCAUAAUAUUUACAGACACCAACGUCAAAUACCUAAUUACUCAUCAUAAAACAUUUCUGAAAAAUACAUAGUGUACAGCAAAUGAAAGACAGGCAUCUUGUGAUGCCAGACAAUAUUUCCGGUUUAUUAAGUGUUUUACAGCGAAAACAAAAUGUAGCGUUAUAUUAGCUUAGCACAAUAGCCAGAAACACUUGGGCGCCGGCGACUACGACAGAUAUAUGAAACAACAUCUUAAAAUGGGUCUUACUUUUGCUGAUCUUUCAUCAGAAUGUUGAACAAGGUGUCCUUUGUCCAGAUGAGUCGAUGUUUGGAUUCAGAAUGGCUACUUUCUCUCUCCAUUUAGCAAGCGCGCUAGCCGGGUUGCACGGAUCUCUCCAUAUAAACAAACGGAAGAGAACGGAACACGGCAAAACUUCCGAAAAAAUUUCAAUAAUCUGAUGAAACGAUAUUGAAAAAACAUACUUUACGAUGAUAUGGUGACAUGUAUCAAAUAAAAUCAAAGCCGGAAAUAGUCGCCUAUAACGUCAGCAAAACAAAAUCGCGUUCUUCAGAGUACCGGAAAUGGGGUACACGUCAUUCCAAAAGGAUUUAUUCCAUCCCAGAUCGAGAUAAUCACCUCAUUUCUUCUCUCACAGCCUUCUUGACAUCCAGAGGAAGGUGUAUGAUGUGCAUGUUUACUAAUAGCUCUUGUGCCCAUUUAUAGGCAGGAAGAGGAAGAGAGCAUCGAUUUCAGACUUUGAACUUCCGGGUCAGGAAAAGUGCUGCAGAAUGAGUUCUGUUUCACUCAGAGAAAUAAUUCAAACGGUUUUAGAAAAUAGAGAGUGUUUUCUAUCCAAUAGUAAUAAUAAUAUGCAUAUUGUACGAGCAAUAAUUGAGUACGAGGCCGUUUGAAAUGGGCACCUUUUAUCUGGCUACUCAAUACUGCCCCUGCAGCCCAAACAGGUUAAUACACUUUUGUAAAUUCAACUUUGUCUGCAUCUGGGUCUUACCUUGAAAUGUGAUAGAUAUAAUACAGUGAAAUACAGUACAGUGACUCUAACUUGAAUUAUGUAGCACAGCCUUGCCAUUGUACAGUACCUGACUUAAGAAAUUCCAUAUUUAGGUUGCUGCGUAUUUAUGCUUUUGUGACGGAUAACACUUUUUAGUAGAAUAACAAACACACAGUAUCUGGUUGUUGCUGUUGGGGUUGCUAAGGUAAUUUGACAUUUUGUGACACAGAUCUGGGGAGAAUGUCCUCACAUGGAAAUAAAUCAUUGUUGAGACAACGCUGAAAUGAGACGUCUAUAUCUGGAGAGGAAUACCUCUGCUGAGACUCAUCUCCCUCUGUUUAUUGUCUUCUUCCCUCCUUAUCUUCCCUCCUCACCUCUUUUUUCCUCCUUCUCUUCACUUCACCCAAUCUUCUCCCAUCCUGUUCUUCCCUCCUACUCUCCUCUUCUUCUAUCUGUCUCCACUCCUGCUCUUCCCCUCUUUUCAUUACUUUAGCCCUCCUUCCCCCUCCUCCUCUUCAUCCUUCCUUCUCUCCUCCUCUUCUUUAUUCCAGGUCUGACAAGGAGUCAGGUCUAGACAAGGAGUCAGAUCUGGUUCACAUGGAGGCACACCCCCAAUGGACGUAUACAGUAUGUAACAUGCCGGGCUCUAACAUGCUCAGAGCCCAACAGAAAUUACUCCUUCCCUGGAUACAUCGACAUCAGCUCACUGGUGGUCCAAGAUGACUAUAUGUUUAUUCAGGUUUCUAGCACUUUCUUCCCUGCUUGCGGUGUUUGGACUGCAUAGGCUAACAGCAGCUAACAGCUCAAGUGUUUGCUUGCCGAGUCCAAGUCGUGGCUGAACGACUACAUGGAUAACAUACAGCUGGCUGGGGUUUUCAUGCAUCUGCAAGAUAGAACAGCUACCUCCGGUUACAACAGCAGGACAGGCCAGCUACUAUGUGUCCUACCAGAGGGAUCCAUUCCUCAAAAUCAAACUGACGAAAUAUUCUCUGCCUAAACUGUUUAAAGACACUAUAUGUUGUGUAGAGAACAUUGGCAGCUAUAGUGUUAAACAUUCAAUAUGCACACCAGACCUGAUCUUGUGACACACAACACGUACUCGGCGGCUUGUUACAACCCCAACCCGUAAGAUCCAUCAUCGCGGCGGUGCAGGAGUGGAACCAGAAUGACACAUACAACCUGUACCUCUCUGACACCCUGGCUAUUGAGAACGUCAAGACCACCCAGAUGCUGGACAGGUAUGAGGUAGCAGGUAUGAAAGGCAUGCUGAUCGCAAACAGGAGGCUAGACAACCAGGUGAAGACCCACAUCACCUACAACAAGGGCCGUGAUUGGAGGUUGCUGCAGGCCCCGGCGACAGACCUGGCUGGCAACGACAUUCACUGUAUACUGAUAUUCGAGAAGGAACACAACAUCUUGUUUAUGGAUGAUGAGGGGCCCUUGUCAUUGUAAACAUUUACCGGAGGUUUAACAUGAUUAUGGCUAUGAACGGCGUAGAGAAGCGUCUACCAGCGUUCUGGUUCAACACAGCUGUUGUAUCAAGGAGCUGCAGCCAAGGACAGAA